CAAAUCAAUUAGUCAUUCUAAAUUUUCCUGUUUUUCUCUGCAACCAAACGCCGGAACACAGGAAUUUUUUUUUAUCAACCCCCCCGGUUCCGCCAUGGCUGCUGCUGCUGCUCUUCUCCGAAUGUCCAAGUCCUCAUCGGCGCAAUCGACAGCCGUGUCCAGAGCCUUCACCUCCUUCGUCAGCUCACGGAAUUUCUCCGCCUCUUCUUCCUCGGCGUACAAUCCCGAGCCCGAGAUCGCCAGAUCUCCUCCGUCGUCUUUCCUAUCUCGGAAUUCACCCUUGCCUCAAGAUCCCAAGGACAGGAACGUCCAGUGGGUUUUCCUCGGCUGCCCUGGCGUCGGGAAGGGAACUUACGCAUCUCGAUUGUCCAAUCUCCUCGGCGUCCCCCACAUCGCCACCGGAGAUCUCGUCCGCGAAGAGCUCAAUUCCACCGGUCCACUCGCCUCUCAGCUCAAGGAGAUCGUGAAUCAAGGCAAACUGGUUUCUGAUGAAAUCAUAAUAAACUUGCUAUCCAAACGUCUUGAAGCAGGGGAAGCUAAGGGAGAAUCCGGUUUCAUUCUUGAUGGCUUUCCUCGAACUAUUAGACAAGCGGAAAUAUUGGAAGGAGUCACAGAAAUUGAUUUGGUUGUGAACCUUCAGCUUCGGGAAGAAGCUCUCCUUGCAAAAUGCCUUGGCCGUAGGAUCUGCAGCCAGUGUGGGGGAAACUACAACAUUGCUUGCAUUGACAUCAAGGCGGAUAAUGGUGGACCUGGCAUCUAUAUGGCUCCUCUUCCGCCACCUCCACAGUGCGCAGACAAACUUAUCCAACGUGCCGAUGAUACUGAAGAAGUUGUCAAGGCUCGACUAGAAAUUUAUAAUGAGAUGAGUCGGCCCUUGGAGGAAUUUUACCGAAGUCGUGGGAAGUUGUUGGAGUUCAGUCUUCCAGGAGGGAUCCCAGAAUCAUGGCCGAAGCUGCUUGAAGCACUGAAUCUUGAAGACCAUGAAGUUAAACGCUCUGCAGCAGCAUGAGUUGUAGCAUAUCCCACCAUUUUAUGUUAGGUCAUUCUUUGCACGAAGGAGCUCCCGUGCAUACAAAAAUUAAAGAUACAGAACAGUCGCGUGAAAUAAUCCAGGCCAAGCUAAACCGUAUGUAAGAUUUUUAUCACUAGGGGAAGUAAAGAACCUCCCCACGUUUUGACUCUUGACGCAUGGCCUAGCUAGCUAAGCUCGAUAUACUGAUUUGUAUUUCGUUUGUAUUUCAGACGAAGGUGUCACAGCCUUUCAAUUUUGGGUGUAUUUGUUUGGUUGUAGAAACUUCAUAUUAGGGAUUAAAGAAAUCCCAGAGGGAUGAAUGAGGCAAUGCCAUCUUAGGAUUGUACCAACUACUUCAAUUCUUCAAUGAGUACAGGCACAGCAGCAGACUGUUGCUCUCCAAGAUUUUUCUUUCUAAUUGCUGGCUUUCCUCUGUCUUGUAAUCAUCCUAAUUGAAUUCUG